AUGUCACUUUCGUCCGUAGAACAAAUCUUGAUGGAUACUUCCGCAUUGUCAUUACCUUCAACAGCCAACACAAUGCAAUAUUUUACAGACUUACGUGAAGCAACAGAGUACAAUUAUGAUAAUCAAGGUUCAUCUCAAACAGCUGUAAGUCAGCUAGUAACUGAUAGAGUUUCAUUUAACACAGAAAUGGUAGAGACACUAACACUCUCAAACUACACGGCACCUUCUCCCCAAGCAACAUCUCGUAGUGGCGGUGCCCAAACAGAUGUGAGAAGUACGAAGUUCAUGUUGUUAUUUUCUAGUGUUACCGUGCUAUGCUUUGUGCUUCAAUUGUGA